GAGCUUGUCCUCAUGUGUGACCUUCUAAGAGAUCCAUUCAAAGUCCAUCAUCCAACCGCCGUGGGCGGAAUCAAUCUUGCUCAUAAUUCAGCAUCGAAGCGCUUUCUUGUAAUGCACUAUGACUCAGUCCUCCAUGGUUUCAGACUCCAGCUGCACUCCUUCAUCCGCAAGGACAAGGGAAGAACCUUCCUCAGCUGAGGACUUCAGGACUUUGUUAAGCAUUGGUGGUUCCUUACCCUACUUCAAUGUGUUUUCGCAUCAAAAGUGCCCCAUUUUCAUGAAGGUGGAGCUAAAAAUCAUGUACAGAGGUUCCCAGGCCGAUAAGGCCUAUGAGGAGAUGAAGAGCGACGCCCUUAUUGAACAUGAGCGACGCCCUCAACAGAUGGGGUCUCCGAGCAAAGUUACCCCGGAGUCCUCUCAUGUUGCACCUUCUACCUCUCUGGCGGAGAUCACUUCACGCCCUUCCCUUCUGGAUAUCCUCACGGGAGGGGAAAGCCGGGCGACUAGGCCAGAGGUAGUUCUAUCCGCUGUUGGGGGUGGUAAUCCCUCUGGUGGGGGACUUGUUGAGGUAACCAAGCCUCAUUCUACCGGGCCAUCUUCUGAGGAUCCUGCGCAGGUUCUUCAAUCUGAGAGUAGAAUCGCAGCGGACUGCCCCUCUAGCACCCAUACCUCACCCCCCAAGGAUCUAGCUCCUUUUGGUCAGCCCAUGCAGGGCUCUUCCUCUGCCGAGGCAAACUUGUAUCUGAUUGCCAACUGUAAAUUUACAAUGAAGACCCAGAAUCUGUUUAAACAGAACUGGGCUUUUCUUCAAGAAAGUCUCUUAUCUGCUAAGGAAGCUCAUGCCCAGGGGAGGAAGAUGAUUGAACGGGUCCAAAAGCUAGCUACAAGACCAGCCCUCAGUGACAUCAGGCCAGGCAGCCUUCGCUACUCUGACUACAAGUACUUCUCCAUCUCCUUCUAGCACUUUCAUCUCCAUGCUAAUUCCAUAUAUCUAAAUUCCUCGUUUUCUCAGAAUCAUGUUGCCGCCCAGAAGCUGACUAAGAAAUACGUGGUAGCCUCCUUUUGGAACUCUCAAGCCUACUCUUUACUGGGCAAGAAGAAAGGAGCGAUUCGAGAACUAAAGGAGCAAUUCAGGG